CACGGCCCACCGCAUUAUCUAGAAGGCAGUGCGCCAGUCUGCUAGUUGCUUGCGAGUAUGUUUUGCUCUACUAUUUAUGUUUCCUGCGGAUUUAGAUGAUAGCUACAUGGAAAGAUGAUGGUUCACGGUCAAAAUAUAAGAAUCACACUUUUAGUUGCCGUUAUUUUACCAUGUCUUGCCGUCGCAACCAUCCGUAAAUACACCAUUGAUGAUGUGUUCAAGUUUCGGGAAGAAGUGAGGGACAUGUUCCAACAUGCAUAUGACAGCUAUUUGCAUCACGCUUAUCCGUACGAUGAAUUGCGACCACUCAGCUGUGAUGGUGUUGACACUUGGGGAAGUUACUCCCUUACAUUGAUAGAUGCUUUGGACACACUAGCUGUCAUUGGUAACUUCUCAGAAUUCCGACGUGUUGUGAAGAUUCUUACCAAAAAGCAAAAUUUUGAUGCCAACAUAAAUGUUUCAGUAUUUGAAACAAAUAUACGAAUUGUUGGAGGAUUACUCAGUGCACAUCUUCUCUCCCACAGAGCUGGUGUUGAGCUGGAACCUGGUUGGCCUUGCAAUGGUCCUUUGCUUCGUCUCGCUGAAGAUGUUGGAAAAAGACUUCUUCCAGCCUUUGAUACACCAACUGGCAUGCCCUAUGGCACUGUGAACCUCCGACAUGGAGUGCCUCCAGGAGAAACAACAAUCACCUGCACAGCAGGCAUUGGCACAUUUAUCCUAGAAUUUGGUACUCUAUCCCGUUUAACUGGAGACCCAGUCUAUGAGGAGGUGGCAAUGAACGCUCUCCACGCUCUGCGCCAUUAUCGCUCAUCAAUAGGUCUAGUCGGGAACCACAUCGACGUUGCUACUGGAAAGUGGACAGCCCUUGAUUCAGGGAUUGGUGCUGGCGUUGACUCUUACUACGAGUACCUCGCCAAAGGAGCGGUGCUUCUUCAGCAACCAUCACUCAUGAAGAUGUUUGAAGAAAGCCGAGCAGCGAUCGAUCGCCAUCUCAAGAAAGAUGACUGGCAUCUUUGGGUGACGAUGACAAAGGGCCAAGUCACCCUUCCAGUUUUUCAGUCUUUAGAUGCAUAUUGGCCAGGAGUCCUCAGUAUUGUUGGUGAUAUAUCAUCUGGAAUGAAGUCCCUGCAUAACUACCAUCAAGUUUGGAAACAGUUUGGUUUCACACCAGAAUUUUAUAAUAUUCCUCAGGCUGAAGUCGGAACUAAUCGUGAGGGCUAUCCAUUAAGGCCUGAACUUGCGGAAUCUGUCAUGUACUUAUCUAGAGCAACGGGAGAUCCUUUCUUGCUGGAGGUUGGUGUUGACAUUCUACGAAGCAUCCAGCAUAGUGCUCGCACUCCUUGUGGCUAUGCAACUAUUAAAGACACCAGAGAUCAUCGGCAAGAUAAUAGAAUGGAAUCAUUUUUCUUGGCAGAGACCACCAAGUAUUUGUAUUUGUUAUUUGACCCUGAUAAUUUUAUUCACAAUCGAGGUCAGCAUGGCUCGAUAGUGAAAACACAUUGGGGAGAGUGUAUUAUGGAGGCUGGUGGAUAUGUGUUCAACACAGAAGCACAUCCAUUUGAUGCUGGUGCUUUACAUUGCUGUAGUAAGACGAAAGACCACCCUUUCAUUCUUGACCUCGAUUCAUUCCGAGGUGAAACUUUACAUACUCAUCAAAAGCGAGAGGACAUGAAAAGACGUGUUGAUAAGCUGAGGCGUGAAAAAGAGGCACUGGAGCAGAAACUCAAAUUACUGACGGAGAAAAAAGAAGCCAUUGUUCAACUAAGCAAAUCACUGGCAGCUGUGGCAAAUGCCCUUCCUGCUCCAAAUCUAGUCCUGAAGGAAUCAACUCCUAAAUCAACUCCUAAAUCAACUCCUGAAUCAACUCCCAAAUCAAGUCCUAAUUCUACUCCUAAAUCAACUCCUAAGUCAACUCCUAAGUCAACUCCUAAAUCAAAACCAAAAUCAAAAGCUAAAUCAAAACCUAAAUCAACUCGUACUUCAGAUAAAGGUGUAGAGGCGAUUGAACAUUUCAAUGUUGGCAAUGGUGAGAUUGUGGAAGUGAAGUGGUAUGCACAUCCUGGAAGUGAAGAUGUGUGGAAUACCGAUGACGAGAGUGAAACUGAGGAAUCGGACUCUGAGAGUAUUGAUGGCGGAGAGGAGAUUGGUACUAAUGUGUUUGUGACUUAUCAAACAGAAGGUAAAGAAACCAAAGAAAAUGUUGAGGAUGAAGACAUUAUUCAUUCCGAUGAGAAGCUUGAAACUGCUUUUGAAAGUAUACCCCAUUUUGACAGAGAUGGGGAUCAUAAUGAGAAAGUGUCAGCCACAAACGAGGAUAAGAAAAAUCCAUCUAUUGUCACAAAGUCACCUUCCAGUAACUACGUGAAAAGUGCGCCUGCACUACAAGAACCUCCUGCACUCCCAGAUGUGUCAGGAGUGUCUUCAUUAUUAGAAGCUCUUGAUUCUUUAUUCACAACUCAAAAGAAAAAGGAGAAUGCGCCAGAGAAAAAGCCAUUUGAUCCUCAAGAUUUGCUGACUAAAAUUAGGUAUAAUCCACAGUAUUUUGUUAAUAGUUCAUGGAUAAACGCAUAUGAGUGUUUGUCAUGUGAUCUUCAGCCAUUCCUACAAAGAUGGUCCAUGUCAGGCGAAUUCUUUACUACUUAAUGGUGGAACUAACACCUGACUGAUAAAGUAAAUAUUAUUUUGCUCCAAAGACUUUGCCCCUUAAUGAAGACUGUUUUCAGUUGUAUUAUGUAGAAACAUCUCUCCCAUUUCUUUUUCAAUGUCCUUACUGAGCAUAGAAGGUGCAUCUCUCCUGUGGUCAUUCAAGUACCAAAUUACCCAGUCUUUUUAAGUUUUUUUCCCCCCCACUGCCCCAUUUUAGAGGAAUAGCAUUUGCUAUGGUAGUUUAUGCAUGAAUUUUUUUUUUCAAUGACCCUGUUCUUUUUGCAUUUAGUUCAUUUGUGCAAGGUGCUUAGGGGUUGUUCUCUUGCCCUCCUCAUGCACUGUCUGAAAGGCAGGCAUGGUACCUAGUAGUAUGGCUGUGUUAGGAUCAAGUCUUCAGAAGAUUUCAGUGUGUGAUGAUAGCUUAAGGAAUUUACUGACAGCAUUUUGAAUGUUGAACAGCGUUUUGUUUCCUUUUUUUGUUUGUUUGUUUGUUUGCUUGAUUUGAAUGAAUUUUCUUUCUCCAAGUGAUCUUUGUUAUUUUGUGUGAAAGAAUGCAAUGUAACUCACAUGUUUUUCUGGUCUGUUAUUGUUGAAGCAUUUAAUUUAAUGAAUGUUAUUUUGAGUUGGUAAUGUGAAACAAAUUCUUAAAAUGCAUAUGAUAGAAAUAUUAUUUAUUUUUUGAGAGUUUUAUGUACAAAGCAUACUUGAGUUAUUUAUCAUUAUUGGUUAACUCUAUGUACAAAAUUUGUAAAUACAUAUAUAUUUACUUGCA